AUGGCUCUCCGGCGCCUGCGUGGACCCUUGUUGCGGCCCAUCUGCCGAGCCCGCCGGGCGUUCUCCUCUUUGAAGCCGUGGGAGGCGCUCUCUGAAUCCCAGCGCGCAGCCUGGGAGUCCCUCGGCCGCGGCGAGUCCUGGCAUCGCACGCCGCAGAAGACCCUGCCGAGUUGGGGCCAGCUGCAGGCCCACCAGCAGGCAGCCGCCAAGCAUGGUCUGGGACUUCAUGAAGAAAGCUGGGAAAAAUUGAGGGCCCAGAUUCAGGCCGAAGCCGCCGCACCUUCACCUUCGGUGUCCUCUGGUGCUUCAUUGGCACGCGACGGCGCUGGCGCUGGCGCUGCCAGGACUGGAGCGGCAGGAUUGGCCGGAGUCGCCUGGUCCGUCUGCAAGACCCUGGCUCCAAUCGUCGGAGAUGCGCUCGAUGGGGCCAAACACCCCGGCUUGCGCCUGUUGGGAGGAGCUUUCCGGUACAUGGCAGAUGUAAACGAUACUUUGGCAGCUCCUGUCACGGUGGAUGACGUCGAAACCAUACUGUACUUGGACGACUCGGGCUCAAUGCGUGGCUCCGUCCAAGGCGUGUUUGGCAAGUCCGGCUUGCACUUGGGCCAAGACGCCUUGGAUCAGGUGGUCCCUUUACUUCAGGGGCCAACACGUAUUCUCAAGUUUGGAACUCUCCCUAAAGUGCUGCUUCCAAGAGAAGAGCUCUCUGGGCCACAAGAAACAGCUGCCACAGCAACACUGCUCCAUAGCGUGGUGGCCGCUCAGUGGAACGGCACCUCCGGGGGGACCUACAUGUGGAAGAUGAUCGAAGAGGACGUGCGCUCGAGGUAUCUCCCUGGCCAUGGCCGCCUGCGCCUGAUUGUCAUCACGGACGGGGAGGAUACGCACUCCCCAGGUGCUUACUGCGGCAUCAAGGGCAUGGAUGCGUUGAUGAAGGAGUUGCAGAAGCAGGGCUUCGACGUCGAAUGGCACAUUAUCAUCUUGGGCCGGUUCCAAGCUGCGGAGCGAAAGCGCUACGAGACCUUGGCGGGUGCCACCGGUGGCUCCUUCCUCGCGCUGGAGGAAGCGGAAGCCUUCCAAAGCACGGCCGCACAGCGCUUUCUCGCAGCUCUCAAGGAGAAGCCAGGCGCGCGGCAGGCUCGGCAACAGGCGUACUUGGCAGACACAGCUGCCGGCCGAAUGGAGCGGGUGGAGUGGUUCAAAGCCUUACCGCCGCCAGGAAAAGGUCUACAACGGGAAGAUGCUUGUGAGCCGUGUGUUGAGCAAGGCAAUCUCAAGUCUGCAGAACUUUGGAUGCCCACGCCGCCCUUGCUCAAGCACCGUAGCUGCGCGAACGACUACGAGCUGUUUGUUUUCAGUAGCAGUCCAGAUCUGGAGAAGGUGUGUAACAGUGUAGUGUCGUCUCGGAGCAACAUCAUUCACGGGCCACUUGCAUCUAAAAAUCCUGGUCUAUAG